UUCCAUGACGCUCAUGCGUGACGUCACAUGUCACGUGCUAGGGUGGGGCCUGUCAGAUCUGUCAGAUCUAGCGUUAUAUCAUUUCGUGGCGCGCGACAUCGGGACAUGGUACAGAAAUAUGAGUUUGCAGCAACUGCUAAGUAUUCCAUGGAGAUGAUAAUUGUCUGGAGUUUGGUGGUCACUCUUGUGUGUCCACCUCUGGCCACCUGUGUGACCACUCCAGAAACCAGCACCGCAACACCGGCUGUACCCGAAGGUGCAUUGUCGGCAACCUUCACACCAGAUUCUGGAUACGCACAAAUGAGGAUCGGCAAUAUGUCCGGAACCAAUACCGUCAUCAGCCUUAGGUUUAAGACAAGAAUUUCUGAUGGGUUGUUAUUCUUCUUUGGUGGUCCAACAUAUCUUGCUGUAUACUUGCAAGGAGGAGGCCUUGUACUGCAUCUAAAUACUCAGGGAAGCAGGACAGGUGUUAGUGCAGAAACUGUUGGGAGAGACUUCAAUGAUGGGUACUGGCAGCAGAUUACUGUGCGCAGAAAUGGGAACACAGCUACACUGCACGACAGUACAAACAUUACUGUUGCUCGUGUCACUCAUGGACAAUAUGACAUCAACAAAGAGCUUCAAACAGAUCAAUUAUUUAUUGGUGAUGUGCCAGAUGAUGUCCUUCCAGUGGACUUUGAGACGAGGUCAUCCUUCCGUGGUUGCCUUGGACUUGUUCGCUUUGCAUCUUACAUGUUUUAUGACCCCAAGGAUCAAGACAUCUUGUAUUUUCAUGGAGAUUCCUUUUCUGGGUUUGCAUACCUGUCUGGUUGUAUCCCGAUAUUAUCCUGUGGUUUGGAGUGUCUAACUAUGGGACAGGGCUGCAACCUAGGUGCCUGCGAGUGCCUAUCUUUCUACCACGUUGUGUCUGAGGAUCCGUUAGUCUGUCACAGGAACCCUCGAACUCUGGACCCAGUUGGCACAACUACAGACAGCAAUGCUGACAACAAAGACAACAGAAACAAUUUUGACUCCUCAUUUGGUGAAGACGGAUUGUCAAUAAUCUGGGUCAUCGUCGUUUCAGUCUGUAUUUUUGUGGCUCUGCUCUGUUUGUGCUUUUGUGUUAAGAAUCAGAGUCCAGAACCCAACACAAAGAACAGUCGUCCCAGUGGAGUUGGCAAUGAGGAUGGUGGAUUCCCUUUCUGGGCCUUGAUUCCCCUCGCUUUCUUUGCUGUGCUUGGCCUGUUUCUCUGUAUAUGCAGGAAGAAGAAACCUCCACAGAAUGCGCAAACCACAGCUGCCUUACCUAUGACUCAGACACCGCCCAGUGAAGUUGCCUUCGACCUGAACCCGCCCGCCUACCAAGAGGUUGUUGCGGUUACAGAUGUCAACCCCUCCCUGACGGAAUUGUCCAUCACAGAACCACCAGUGUACAACAAUGUUCAAAGUGAUAGCCAGCCACCACCAGCCAACCAGCAAAUAGAACUGUCCAACCACGACAGAAGUGUCGAACGGCCAGUACGGCCAUUGUCGCUACCAAGCUCUACAAACGGUCUUCCAACUCCAUAUGAGGGUAAUCAGGUUCCAUUUGAAGGUCAAAUGUCACCUGUCACGCCUCCUCCUGCCUAUGACAGUUUCAUGGAGUAUUCUAAAACACCUCCUGGGAGCUUAGAGGCAUUAGAUGUGUAGAUUAGAGGUGGGUACUGGUGCACUGGACCGGGACUGGACCAGAAAGUCAUUCCAUCUGUCCCUCAGCUUGUGAUAUACCCAGUCUGUUAAACAGACCUGGACCUGAUCUUCUGGACCUGAACCUGCACCUUAUAGAAGAAGCUUUAUCGUCCAGAAAUACAGUACAGUGACUUUUGUAUGGUUAACUACAAAUUACUUAAUAGAAAACAAAGUAUAUAUGUUUUAAUAGUUUUCUUGGUAGUAUUGAGAUUUAUGCUACCUUUGAUUGAAGAAGGACAGUUUUAAUUUUUUGAUUUGACAAUAUAUCUGUAUGACAAUUUUCCAUUGUCAUUCUGCUUUUUUACCUUUUUAUAGUUUAACACCAUAUAUAACAGUAACAUAUAUUUAUGGUUUUGAAUGAUAAAAAAAUGUUUUUUUCCUGAAGUCUGUAAAAAACAAAGAUCAUCUGUUGGUUUGCAAUGAAAGUUGUAAAUACAUUGAAAUGUCUACCAGCAUGGUAAUGUUAUGUAAUGUUUUACAUAGCAUUAUGCCUGUUUUCAUUUUAUUUCACCUGCUCCAUUCCAUUGUUUUCUCUUCAAAAGUCCGAUAACAAGGAAACUGGAUAAUUGUGACCCAAAUGAUGUACAAUUAUGAUGAUAUUACAUAGUGAAAUAUUUCUAUUUUGUGCUGACAUAAUUGCAUGAUUUGAAGCUUUUAAUCUUAACGAAUAUUAACAAUUAUUAAUAUAUUUGUUAAGUUGAUUCUUAAAGGUGCAAAAUCAAUGUUCUUCAAAGAAAACUUAAUAAGCUUCUACUAAGCAUGCAAUUUCAGAGUAAUUCUUUGUAUAUUUUUAUACUGAGGACACCCAUGUUAUUUUGUAAGGUGGAAAUUAUAUAUUGAUAAGUACGCUGUAAUACAUGUAUAUUGUUGUAUUUUAGGCACAAUUCAAAAAUGAAGAUUAUAUCUGAACUCUUA